AGAGAAGAGGAAGGAAGGAGAGAGAGAGAAGGAAGUUUGCAGCGGGCGUGCAUUGUGGGUUUCUCACACUUCCAAGAAGAAAAGUCAACUUCGGGGAGGAGGAGGAGGAGGAGAGACGCGAUAAAACAGCGCCGACCCAAAAAAAGAAGCCAUUUAUUUAUUCAAAACAACAAAAAAAACAAAAACAAAGAAGCAGGAGAAGAAACGGGUGUUGCAAAUAAAUAAGAAACGGAGUCCGAGGAACAAAAAGGAAACCCAACCCCUGCAGCAGCGCGGAGAGCCGGGAGCACGAACCCAGCCCCGCUGCAAAAACCAGCAAAGCCCGCCCGCCCUCAUCAAUGCGCAGGCUCCCUGGACACGGCUCGGCUCGGCUCGGCUCGGCUCCGUGUGCAUCGCCCUUAUUAUCGGUGCAAUCGCCGUUAGUUGCAGGGAAAGUGUCGUUUCACUUUUUUAAACAAAGCGGAAAUGGCCGCCACUUCCACCAGCUCAAGCAAAGCUAGCGGCAGCUCGUCUGGAAGAGCCUCGGCCUGGCGGGAUGCCCUGUCCGGAGCCGCAGCCGGGGCGCCCCCGGUCCCCAGCCCGCCCGUGGUGGACGGAGCCGGAGCCGCAGCCGGGGCGCCCCCGGUCCCCAGCCCGCCCGUGGUGGACGGAGCCGGAGCCGCAGCCGGGGCGCCCCCGGUCCCCAGCCCGCCCGUGGUGGACGGAGCCGGAGCCGCAGCCGGGGCGCCCCCGGUCCCCAGCCCGCCCGUGGUGGACGGAGCCGGAGCCGCAGCCGGGGCGCCCCCGGUCCCCAGCCCGCCCGUGGUGGACGCGGGGCGGGAGGCGCUGCUGGAAAGCUGCGGCGCUUGCCGGACGAGGCUCCGGCCCGACAGGGAGCCGCUGCUGCUGCCGUGCCUUCACUCGGUGUGUCGGGCUUGCCUGCCCGGGGGCUCCGCCGAUCGUUGUUUGAUCUGCAGGGAGCAGUUCUGCUUGAAGGAGGUCGUGGAGAAUUACUUCAUCCGAGAGAGUCCUUCUGGGUCAAAGGACAGUGGCGGGAGCAAGGUGUGCCAGUGCUGUGAGGACAGCGUCCUCGCCUGCGGUUUCUGUGUGCAGUGCUCAGAGUGGCUGUGUGACCCCUGCGUCGGCGCUCAUCAGAGAGUGAAGUUAACGAAGGAUCACACAGUGAGGACUCGGAGCGAGGGGUCAGGGUUCGAGCGUGUGUUCUGUUCUGCUCACAGACAGGAGCCCUUGCAGCUCUACUGCAUCACCUGUGAUCUGCUGACCUGUAGAGACUGCCAGCUGCAUUUCCACAAGAAUCACCGGCACCAGUUCGUGGAGGAUGCGAUCCCCUCACAGCGCCUCCUCCUGGAGACUCUGAUUGCGCAGCUGCAGGAGAGAGCGUCGCGGGUGACCAAGGCGGAGCGCCGCGUCAGAGACAAGGCCCGGGAUCUGAUGGAGGUUGAGAGGCGGGUUCGAGUGGAGAUCAAGAUGGCAGUUCAGCAGCUUAUCAGAGACCUGAGCAAGAGGAGCGGAGUCCUGAUUCAAGAGCUGCAGAAGCGCACUGAGAUGCAUCAGCAGAGUCUGCAGCAGCAGCACAGUGACUUGGUGAAGCUGCAGAAUCGCCAGGAGCAGGUCCUGCGCUUCGGAGCCUGGGCCCUGAGCAAGGAGAACAGCACAGCCCUGCUGCACUGCAGGAGGACUAUCUUCUCCCAGUUCCAGCGCGCUCUCGAGACGGCGGUGAAGGACGAGGACAGUGCUGCGCUGGACAUUCGGUUCCACUGGGACGCCCGCGCGUGGACCGGCAAGAUAUCUCAGUUUGGGAGGCUGUCUUCUGACUGCUCUCCUCCUCCCCCUCCUCCUUAUAGAGCCCCCGCCUCUCCCUCCCGAAACAGACCUCUCAGAUUCCACUACCUGCAGCCACACACCCCUCCCCCGAGGGCCCCGCCCCCUGGCAACGAGUCCCCGCCCCCUCGUCCACAGAACUGCAGCGGCCCUGACCAAACAGCUCCCCCUGCUGGGCGAAGCAAGGGCGGCGGGCUCUCCGGACCUGUCAACGGCAAGGCUGUGCGGAGCGGGCCUGUCAGCGCUCCGGGCCCGCCCCUGCCUGUCAGCGCUCCGGGCCCGCCCCUGCCUGUCAGCGCUCCGGGCCCGCCCCUGCCUGUCAGCGCUCCGGGCCCGCCCCUGCCUGUCAGCGCUCCGGGCCCGCCCCUGCCUGUCAGCGCUCCGGGCCCGCCCCUGCCUGUCAGCGCUCCGGGCCCGCCCCUGCCUGUCAACGCUCCGGGCCCGCCCCUGCCUGUCAGCGCUCCGGGCCCGCCCCUGCCUGUCAACGCUCCGGGCCCGCCCCUGCCUGUCAACGCUCCGGGCCCGCCCGUGCCUGUCAACUCUCCGGACCCGCCCCUGCCUGUCAACGCUCCGGGCCCGCCCCUGCCUGUCAACGCUCCGGGCCCGCCCCUGCCUGUCAACGCUCCGGGCCCGCCCCUGCCUGUCAACGCGCCGGGCCCGCCCCUGCCUGUCAGCGCGCCGGGCCCGCCCCUGCCUGUCAGCGCGCCGGGCCCGCCCCUGCCUGUCAGCGCGCCGGGCCCGCCCCUGCCUGUCAACGCUCCGGGCCCGACUCUGCCUGUCAACGCAACGGACCCGCCCCUGCCUGUCAAGUACCUGGUGUUUCAACAGCUUCCAGUCCUGCAGGGCUACACCGUGCAGCAGGGGCUCGUGGGUAACGGAACCUUCCAAACCUACUUCCAGCUGCUGCCCCAGACCGCAGCCAAUCAGCAACCAGCCCCUCCAAACCCCGCCUCCAGCAGCCCUCUACAGCAAGUCUGCACUUCAGCUUCGCCGAACCAGCCUCCCGGGAGACAGGGGGCGCCGGUGAGCCAGCAGUGGAGCCGCGGCCUCCCCUCCACCUUCAAGGAGAUCCUAACAGGGGUGCCACCCGGGGCCAGGGAGCAGAGCUCCUCCGUCAUCUCUGAGGCUCCUCGGAACGGGACCCCGAAAUCCAAUCCAGUCCCGCCGCCCGCGGCUCUGACGAGCCCCGCCCCCAGCAGCAAGGCUGCAGCCAAUCUAGCGCCGGCAGCAGCUCGGGGUUCUGUGGAGCAGGCCCCGCCCCCUGGCUCGAGGACGGAAGCUGAUGCAGCAGGAGUUGGCCACGGACUUGUUAACAGGAUGGUUCCGGUGGUCCAGCUGACCAGGCUGGUUCUGGACUGGGAGCCCGGUUGCAAGCCGCCCCGUUUCAGAGUCCUGUCCGGGGGGAGAGAGCGCAGAGACGCCCUGGUGCAGCUGCAGCCUGGGAGCAGAACAGAGGACAGCCCCUGUGUGUCCGUCCCAGACUCCACGUCGCCCCCUUCAGACUGCGAGGGGGAGUGCAGCAGCAGCAGCAGCAUCAGCAGCGUUCCUCCAGCCAGCUCCCUGCAGCGCCCCAGCCCGGCCUCGCAGCCCCGGGGCGGGAGGGAGGAGCGCCCCCGAGUGGAGGGGAGCAUGCGCUGCACCUCGUGUCGAACCUGGGGCCAGCUGGCACUGUGCUGUGAGUGCGGGAGAGGGUUCCACGCGCAGUGCCACGUGCCGCCUCUACUGCGCCUCCUGAGUGCUCAGUGGAAGUGCAUGCUGUGUCGGGAUUUUUCGGAGGCGGGGGAUCAGUACAAGUGUGAGUUCUCUCCCAAAUCAGAGACGCCCGGCCUCAGCUUACUGGACCAGAAGAAAUGCGAGCACCUGCUCCUGACUCUGUACUGUCACAAAGCCAGUGGCGUCUUCUACAAACCGCCCCCUGUCCCGGACUUGGGCAGCUACGUUGACCUCACUCUGAUUCGAGGCCGCUUGCUGAGAAAGCUCUCCCCCUCGUACCGCAGGCCGGAGGAGUUCGUGGGGGAUCUCUGGCUGCUACUGUCCAACGUCCUCAAACACGCCAAGAAAUCCAGGAUCACUCGCUCGGUGGUGGUACUGCGUGCCUCGUUUUCGGAGAAGCUGAAAGACACUUUCGGAGACUCUCUGGAUCCCAGGUAUCUGGAGCCGGAGAUCUCGUUAUCGAUUCCGGGGAAAAGAGGGACCGGAGAAAGACCCCAGUCGGAAAAUGAGGAAUCCCAAAGCAAGAGAACCCGUCUGGAACACGCGGAAGAGACAACUCUGGAAUCGUCUUCGCUCCGAGAUCAGGAGUGAUCGCCUGUGUUUUUUGUGUUGACCGUGUGAGACCCUGUGGUGCGUCUCGCCCCUCUCCUGGGAGCCGUGGAGAGCGGACCAAACCAGCCGGUCCCCUCCGUUGAUCUGGAAAACGACUCUGAAGCCGAGUCCGAGAUCCUCGUUUUAAAACUGUUCACACGCGCCUUUGUUUUCUGAAAGGUUUUGGUUCUGUUGUUUUUAAUUGUAUCUUUGAAUUGGGCCCGUGUGGAGACGAGCGACUCUCCGGUGUUUCACAGUUAGUUAGUUAUUUAUUUUUAUGUUUUUAAUUGCUAUAGUUUAAUAGAAAUAUUCGUGAUUUGAAUGGGGUUUGGGGUUUUGGUCUCUCGGUGACCGUGCGAGUCUUGGUUUGGCGAAUUUCGCUGAUUUCUGCAGCUCUGUUUUAGUGGAUCAUUUUUGACAGCAGGAACAGUCUGAAAAAAUAUACGUUGUGAUUAAUAUUACAUCACAGAUACACGUCGGUAUCUCUUUUUAUAAAGAAAACUGAUGUACAAUUUUCAUUGAAUUUAAAAAAAAAAAUUUGAAUAAAGUUUUUU